AUGGAAAGCGCGUUGCAGAACGUGGAGCGCGGCAUUCGCGAUGCAUUGCAGCGCCUCAGCGACGCGCGUGCUCGCUUGGCGACUCAUCGCGCCGCCCUAGAUGAAGGCAGACUCAUGCUGGCGAGUGCGGUGUCGCCCCUCCUGCAACUGUAUCCUGCUGAACCAGUGUCGUUGAUCCCUUCCUGUUCUUCUCGUGGUGCCAAGGGAACCCUUGUGCAGUUGCUUAGUGGCCACUCGGCCAAAUCAGUCAUUUCAGCUAACAACUCUCCUCGCCACGAUGCUCUACACUGUGUGGACAAUCCUGCCGAGGAUGCCGAAGAGGCUAUUAUCAUUAGUCCUACCACUGCGAGCUCGGCGGCCGCCUCUGUUGCCGCUGCUGCAGGAGGGCGAGUAUCAGCACCGCCACCACUGCCCUCACUACAGCUACCGCCCUUGAUGCCCUCGGUACUUGCUCUUCCUCGGACAUCGAUGUGCGCUGGAUUCUACUCAGCUAUGGCGGCGCGGACGCAACAGCUGGAGGAGCAGCGCUUCAACUACCGCUCUAAGCACGUGAUGCACGCCGCCAAGCUGCAGAUUGCCCAGACGUGGGCUCGAGAGGUGCAACCGUGGUUCGAUACGGUCGUACAGCGCGGCUUCUUUCAGCAGGUGAUUCACCGGCUUGACGCGCUGGAUCGACGGGUGGCGCGGCUGUGUGGGCGGUUGGCGCUGGAUCGACCUCAAUACGUACUAACCCAUCACUGCACAAUUCAGCUAAAAAAGGACGGAGGAGCACCAGAUCCGAUGGUGGGCAAGGAGGGGCACCUUCGCCGCCGUCAACCGUACCCACAGUGGCGCCUUGAUCUCACGGGGGACGAGUUGAGCAGAGGGCAAAGCGAUCUGUUGUGUGGCGCCAACGAACAAGUUCUCUCUGGCAGCGACGGUGGGGGAGAGAGACAAGCGGUGCAGCGCUGUUGUUUCACAGAAGAAGUGACGUGUCUUUCAGGGCCGCCGAGCCAGCAGGGGCGCCCCUGCGGUGCGACUGUUGGGCUUGGCAGCGCUGAAGGAAACCAUCCCUCCAUGUGCUCUCUUUGGCGUCAGUACGUUCAGAUGGCGUCGCAGACACCUGGCCUAGGCGACGAGCAGCGUCAGGCCUGCGAGCAGAGCUACAGCACACUGUUGCCGGCCGAAGUGCUGCCAGAGCCGCUCCUGCGCACCCCUCGCUCGCUCCGACAUGUGUGGCAUGUCAUCAUGGAAGGCUUGACUAGCAAUGGUGUCGACAUAGUCAACGACUCGGUGUCUGCGGAACCCCCUCACGUUCUCUCUGCCUCUGACAGUGUUUUUGUCGGCGACGCGAUGCGGAAGUCGGGGAACCAACUAUGCCAGUCCGACCCCAGCGGUGUGUUUCUGCAAAACCUCAGCGACCUUGUGAGGCGAUGCUCCGCACUUCAUCCGCCACCGUCUGCUGCGCAGUCGACGCUACCACUCUGCAGUCAUGCUGAACAUUGCCAUGAAACAGAAUAUCACGGCGGUCGCAAUGACUCUGCUGGCGAUGGACGUUGUGGCGCGACUGCUCUUACGCAAGCGCCUUUGCCCCAGGACACCGACUCUCCCACUGUGGGCCUCCUCUCCUCCCACGUGUGUGUACUACUCUGCUGCGCGAUGCAGCUCUGCGCUCUGGCUAAGCUGUGCAAUGGGAUCUGUGCCGGCAAGCCUGUGCGCUAUAAGACACCUCUACCUCAGCUUGCUUAUGAUGGUGACGUAGGCGGUUGCUCCGAGGACGACGCCAUCAAGGAUGGUGGCAUCGGCGAUGUGGAAGUAGCACGUCGCGGUCCGCGCAAGUCAAUCACUGUAUUGGCAGGCACCACUGAUGGCUUCUCCAUGUGCCAACGCACAUGUGAAGAGCAGAUUGCAGAAGCUUUGGCGGCGGUCUACCACGCCGUGCCUUGCCUGCUCUCGCAGUUUGGCCUUGUAUUCCAGAAGCGAAAUAGCAGUCAUGAGGACGACAGCGAUGGAUGGCAGGGCCGACGCAGCGAAGUGAAGGCUGCUGAGGUAGACGAGUCCACGGGGCCUCAACUUUGUGUGGCGUCAGCAGGGGAAGGUCGCAUUUGCUUGAUGAGCAACUCCGCGGACGCCGGCGCUGCAGCGGACGGCGCCACCGACGCCGUGCUUUGGCCAACUGUAGGUGAUGCACUCCGUGACCGUGACACUUUUGUUCAGUGGUGGUUGUCACUCGCUUCGUUGUCAUUCAACACCGAGUUGCCACAAUCAGGCACUCCACUCGUAGACCUGUCUCUUGUCUACGCUCGUGCAUUGCGUGUCGGGUGCUUGUACCACUCUCUCCUGGACUCCGUCGAGGAUGCGUGUGGCGAGAGGCUGCCACUACCUGCUGCUGAGGCAGUUCCCGCGGUGCCGUCACCAGGGACACCGACGCUUCUAACCGUCGCGCGAGCGGAUUCAUCUACCUUGGCUAUACGUGGCACUCACGCUGCCCACCUUAACACUAUUGCAGCCCAUCGUGCCGCAGCUAAUGUUUCCGCUUCGGUGCCUCCGCUCGCAGCGUCGGCGCGGCUGAGCUCGUUGCGUCAGAUAGAGCUACAGACGCGUCAGGAAUGGCAGUCAAUCGAGACGCGUCUUUCCGUUGCCCGUUCUAUGGCAGCUGCGACCCUCAGGCAGGCUGCACACAACGACAACGAGGCGGGUGACCUAGCCUGCUGA